AUGCCAAGACCAGCAAAUAACCAAGCUGAGCCAGUGCGCAAUUUCAGAAGGAGAGGGCCUCAAUUGAAUGAAAAUAAACAACCUCCACAAAGACGUCGACACAAUGACCAACAUGUUGAAGUUGUACAAGAUUUGAACAUGCCUAAUCCUGUUCAGCCUAACAUUGACAAUGACAUUCAAAUUGAAGCACCUCUACCCCAGCCAAUAGGUGCGGUUGAUGAUACUAUAGUAUUUGAUGAACCUAAUAUGUUGCCAAAUAUAAAUCGGUACUCCAUAAGUACAGCAAUGAUAUCUCCAGACUAUAAGUAUGUCGUUGCAAUUGAUCUUGGAACUACGUCGUCAGCAUAUGCGUACGCCAAAAAAGAGGACAUCAAUUUAGACAAAAAUCAAAUAAACGUUUUGUGCAAUCAAGCUUGGGGUGUUGGAAAACACAACUAUAUGAAAAUAAAAACUCCCACCAGUAUUUUACUAGAUGAAAACGGAGAACUGGAUUCAUUUGGAUAUAAAGCAGAGUACAACUAUGACAAACGUGUAAAAGACGGAGUCAACGAUUUUUAUUUCUUCAGAAAUUUUAAAAUGGCUUUAUAUAAAAAUAAUCCUACAUCGGAAAUGGUCAUAUUUGAUGUAAACGAUAGGCGAAUGAUGGUGCAGACUGUAUUUUCAAAAGUAAUUUCAGCGUUUAUGAAAGAAUUUAUAGAAUCAAUCACUAACAGUGGCAAUACUAUAAGCAGUGAAGAAGUCCGGUGGGUGGUCACAGUUCCUUCAAUAUGGUCAGAAGCUGCAAAACAGAUCAUGAAAAAAUGUGCUCAUUUGGCCGGGAUUCCAGACAACCAAUUGAUUAUUGCCUUAGAAUCAGAGGCUGCAUCAAUUUACUGUCAAUAUUUACACAGUAGAGAUAUUGGUGAUACUGCAAUAAGCGUUUCAAAAAAAGUAACCCAGUACAUGGUCGUUGAUCUUGGUGGUGGGAAGGUUGAUAUUGCCGUUAAUGAAACAUUAGGAAAUGGUUUAUUGAGAGAAAUUCAUCGCCCAACAGGUGAAGACUGCGGGGGAAAUUUGAUUAAUCAAAGUUUAGUUCAGGAAUUGAGUCAAAUCGUUGGUGCUUCCUUUUUAAAAGACAUAAAGCGGAGAUAUCCUAAAGAAUGCUUUAUCAUCCAAAGAGAUUUCGAAGCAGCAAUGAAAUGUGUUGAUCCAUUUGAAGAAAAUAAAAUUUCGCUAAGAAUACCAUAUGUUUUUCUUCAUAUUAUACGUGAGGAAAUAAAUCAAGAACAAAUGGAACAAAUACUCCACUUAGGACCACAUGGUGAAAAAAUUACCAUCGAAAACGAUUGGGUGUACAUAAGUUCAAACUUGAUUAGAGAACGACUAUUUAAGCCAAUAACUGAGAAAAUAUGCAAACUCAUCAUGAACAUACUAUUUAAGAUAAAAAAUCCAAGGCUGACAAAAAUUCUUCUAGUCGGAGGAUUUGCAGAUUCAAAAUGUAUACAAGAGGCCGUCCGAAAAGGAUUUCCAAGUAACAAAGUUAUUGUUCCACAUGAGGCAGAUCUGUGUAUUAUCAAAGGAGCGGUAAUUUUGGGACAUUCACCAGACUUAAUUCAACACGGUGACAAGCACAACGAAAGGGCUGCACAAACCGCUGUCGUAAAACAUCCAUCACAAAUAUAA